CUCGCUGCCAGCUCCGGGCCCUCCUCCGUGGCUGGCUGAGCCGGUGUUUGAUUGGAUUAGAGGCGGCUAGCCUUUCCCCUCUAACCCCGGUGAUGUUGGCUGGCUGCUUCCUGCUCCCUCCGCUCCUCCUGACCGACUGACGAAGCCUCCCGAAGCCGCACGGCGAAGCGUCCUGCGCGGAUACAGCCGACCGGGACGAGCCGCGGAAACCCGACCGACCAAAAACCCGCACACGUUCGAGGGGAGGCAGGGCAGACGAGCCGGCGACAAAACGAGACAGCGAUGCGGAGGAAAUCGAGGAUAUUGUUAUGUUUUGCGGUGCUGUGGGUGCUGGGAAUAGCUUACUACUUCUACUCGGGGACAACGUUGAGUCGAAAGGAUGAAUGGGGCUCCAGUGACUCAUCGAGUAGAAAUCAGGCUCGCAGCUCUGACGAUAAGACACACAGUCUGGAGACUCUCCCACCAGGUAAGGUGCGCUGGCAGGACUUUGACCAGGACUUGUAUGUUGGAGCCACGGUGGUCCGACCAGGCCAGGACCCCUACGCCAGGAACAAGUUCAACCAAGUCGAGAGCGACAAACUGCGCAUGGACAGAGCAGUGCCCGACACAAGACAUGACCAUUGCAGACAUAAACAGUGGAAGUUGGAGCUGCCGGCCUCCAGCGUCGUCAUCACUUUCCACAACGAGGCUCGCUCCGCUCUGCUGCGGACGGUGGUCAGUGUUCUGAAGAAAAGCCCCGCCCACUUGGUCAAAGAGAUCAUCCUGGUCGACGACUACAGUGACAAUCCGGAGGAUGGAGCGUUGCUGGGGAAGAUAGAGAAAGUUCGCGUGUUGAGAAAUGACCGCAGAGAAGGUCUGAUGCGUUCGAGGGUUCGAGGCGCCGACGCUGCCACAGCUUCAGUCCUCACCUUCCUCGACUCCCACUGUGAAUGUAAUGACCACUGGCUAGAGCCGCUGCUGGAGAGAGUGGCUGAGGAUAAGACCAGGGUCGUCUCUCCUAUCAUCGAUGUCAUCAACAUGGACAACUUCCAGUAUGUGGGAGCCUCCGCUGAUCUGAAAGGAGGUUUUGACUGGAAUCUGGUGUUUAAGUGGGACUACAUGACUCUGGAGCAGAGAAGAGCGAGACAAGGAAACCCCACCGCCCCCAUCAAGACUCCUAUGAUAGCAGGAGGUCUAUUUGUGAUGGAUAAGGAAUACUUUGAGCAGCUGGGGAAGUAUGACAUGAUGAUGGACGUGUGGGGUGGAGAAAACCUGGAGAUCUCGUUCCGCGUGUGGCAGUGCGGUGGCAGUCUGGAGAUUAUUCCCUGCAGCAGAGUUGGCCACGUUUUCAGAAAACAGCACCCAUACACUUUCCCUGGGGGCAGCGGGACUGUGUUUGCAAGGAACACAAGGAGAGCAGCAGAGGUGUGGAUGGAUGAGUUUAAAAACUUCUACUACGCUGCCGUUCCCUCAGCCAGAAAUGUCCCCUACGGCAAUAUCCAGAGUCGUCUGGAAAUGAAGAAGAGACUAGGCUGUAAGCCAUUCAAAUGGUACUUAGAGAAUGUCUACCCCGAGCUACGGGUCCCAGAUCAUCAAGACAUUGCGUUUGGAGCCUUGCAGCAGGGAGGAAACUGUCUGGACACCCUGGGUCAUUUUGCUGACGGGGUGGUGGGCGUCUAUGAAUGCCACAACGCCGGGGGCAACCAGGUAGCGUUACCACGACGAAACACACAGGAAUGGGCGUUGACCAAGGAUAAAUCUGUCAAACACAUGGACCUGUGUCUGACUGUGGUGGACAGGACGGCCGGCUCGCUCAUCAAACUGCAGGGCUGCAGAGAGAACGACAGCAGACAGAAAUGGGAGCAGAUUGAGUCCAACUCGAAGCUCCGUCACGUGGGCAGCAACCUCUGCCUGGACAGCCGCAGCGCCAGGAUGGGCGGCCUCACCGUGGAGGUCUGCAGCCCGAGCCUCAACCAGCAGUGGAAGUUCACCCUCAAUUUGCAAUCAUAGGGAGCGCUAGAGGCCCCAGGAGAGAGCGAGAGAGAGAGAGAGAGAGAGAGAGAGAGAGAGAGCUACACUGAGAAACAGAAAAAGAUGGAUACAGACACAAGGAGAACCAUAAACAUGAUGGAUGAAUGAAUCCUUCCUCCUCCUCCUCUUCCUCCUCUACCGUUUCCUCCUCCUCCUCCUUGUCCCUGGAGGCUCGCAGCCAAUCAUGUUCACCCCUCCCACCGCCCCGCCCACCCCCUCCCCCAGCAGAGCCACACCCACUAGGAGGAGGGGGUCUGUAGAUCUUAUUGGAGGAAACGGGAAGCUGGCUGGUGAUAGCGAUGAUCAUGAUGACGAUGACAGCGAUGAAGAUGCUUUCCAUCCAAACCACAUACCUCAGUGUUUUCAUUGAUGGUUCCAGAAGCGAAUGAUAAGUGAUUUGUUUUUCUUUCUUUCUUUCUUUCCUUUUUUUUUUUUUUUUUUUUGCCAGUGCUGGGUGAACAGAAUGACACUCUAUUUAAUGUUUUUACUUUGUCUUUAUUUGGUUUUCAUACUUCUCUAUUUUUUUUUAAAUUUCUCUCGCUGUUGAUUCUCCAUGGAGGUUCACAGAAGCUUUUUCUUUUUUUUCCCUUUAAAACAAAAAAACAAAAAAAUGGGAUGUGUACAUUGUUGGUGGUGGUGGUGUUGUUAAUCCUCUCCGGUGCUCUCUCGCUGUUUGGAAUGUAAACACAAUUUUCCCCACUGAGUCAGAGGCUGGAACAGCAGACGGAGGUAUCGGGUUGUUGUUUAGACGAGGUUUGGUUGUAGUCUCGAAUUUUUCUGUUCUGUUCUGCUGACGUGAAGGGAGGAAAUGGACUCGGCGCCAAGAGCUUCUCCUCUCGUGUUUUUUCUCACCAACACGGGGACGGGGAAAGAGAGAUUAGAUGGAGAGAUGAACACUGUGUUGUGCUUUUUUUUUUUCUAGUUUUUUUCCUCUACAGUUUUUUUCUUACGGUGUGUCUGAUGCCUCUGUUUUUGGGGCGGAGGGAUGGGGAGGGGAGGAGCUUCAUAUGGGGCCUGACACAGGUCCAACAGGAAGUGAAAUUCCUGAAAUCAGGAAGUGUCUCGAAGCCCAGCGAGAGGCUGUACUGUUGUCUUGAAGAAGCUGGAGCACUGGCUGCUGCAGCAUCCUCCUUCCCCCAUCCAUUAUGUCUCUUAAACGAACAAUACACAGAAAAAAAAUCUGUUAUCAAACCUUUUUCUUUAUUUUAUUUUUGUCAAAAAAACUGAAUCAUGUCCAAAUGUAAUAUUAUUUCUCUUUUCCAUACAGAUGUCGAAAGGAUGUCUUGUGUCCAGCUAUACUGUAGAAUAACCAAGCAACUAGAAGAGUAGAAGUGUUUUUUUCUUUACAUGCUCUCUGGUUGCUCUCUGACUGCUCCUUAGGGAGUGAUUGAGUUAUACAAGUCUUCACUUCCUGCACAGAUGAUUUCUUUUGCCUGUAUCUGUAUUGCCCUUGCAGGAAGUCUACUGGCCAAUAAGAAUCACACUCAAACUGUCAUGGAUUUAGCAAGUGUUGAUGCAGAGUGUGUGGUUAAAGUUGCAUCCUGAGUGCCAUGCUCCCUGCUGGAAAUGGGUUACGAUCGGUGCUUGAAGUGGGCCGGCACUCACCGGUACACUUCUACAUUUCACUCUGUGGAGUACCGGGAGUUUUGUCUGGAGUACUGGCACUUGUCAAAAGCUCCUGGUGCUCUUUCAGGCACAGUGCCCAGGCCCCGCAAACAAUCAAAUCCUUUAUUUAAGGCUCAACUUUAAAAAAAAAAAAAAAAAAAAAAAAAAGCCCAAUUGGAUUUUCAAAUUUCUAGUGGAAUUAUUUAACGAAAUCCGUCCUAGUAAUGUAUCAUAAUGGGUCGUCGGUUAUCUCACCCGUCUGUCAAACAUCAUUUCAGCUGGACAGCAAAAUGUCUAAAUGUAUGUAUCUGUCUAAUGCCGAGAAGCACCAGAAGAAAAAGGAGUGAACAGAAGCAAUAUCUCAUAUAAUUGAUUCGCUGUAAAAAUACAAAUAAAAUUGUUUGCGGAUACCAGCAACAUACUGUUUUUCAAUUUCUAAAUCUGUUUUUACAGUCUCAAAGGGCUUUACAGUCCCACAAGAUAUACAAACAAAACAGGAUGAUCCUCCUGACAAUAAAACAUAAAAAAAAAAGUUGGGAAAAGGGGAAGAAAUCUUGGCAAAGAGCACCAGUGAGGGGCCCCCUCCUGACCACGUGCUACCAGAUGAACAAGAGGAGUCCUGGCACUGUUUUUUUUUUUUUUUUUCUUCCACUUCAAGCACUGGUUACAACACCAUUUGUAAUGUCACCAUGGUGAGAUGCUCAGUAAUUUACAGAUCAGCCGCCCUGAACGUGGACACUUGGAGGCCAUGGAGCUGCAUGCAGUGCGAUGUUAUAUGGCUGCCUUUGCAAUAAGAGCCUUGUGCAUCAUUGCUGCCCCACUUUGAACACCGUGUUGGGACGGAAAGGCCUCUGACUGAGUUAGAUGUGACACAAAAAUGCUCCAUUAAAGCCAAUAAUAUCAAAAUUCUUUCAUUCAGUGCAGGCCAUCCUACCUGCCGUGGAUGGUGAUAGUAGAGUGGCACCGUUGCACCUUACUGAUAGGUAAAGUCUGUGACACAGUCCCCUGAAAUCUUCAGACCGUUUUCCACUGGUCUGACUUUCACCAGUCCACACAGUAAAACCUCGCUUACUGCAGCCGAGGAGCAGAGGUCAUGAGGACGAGUGAAGUGAUUGUGUGCAAUUUGCAGACCAAAGUGUUUCCUGCUGUAUGAACCGUGCAUGCACAUUUGUUCUGAAAAUGCCCUGUACAAUUUUGUUUUGCAGUGUCGUCCUUUGAGCUGCAUGCAUCGUAAAGAGGAGUCACAGUUACACUCAGUCAGUAUUUUUUAAUUUUUUUUCACCCCUGCAUUAUGCGUAUUUGGUGAAUUCAUCUUUUUCAAGUCUGAGGCUGGGAUAAACAAGGUUUUGCUGUUUCCUUCUGUCUGUGUCUUUAUGGGAGGUGCACAGACAAAGCAAUGACUGCACACGUAUUGAUACACAAAACAAAAACGACAGCUUUUCCCGGCACAGACUCUUUUAGCUUCGCUAGGUUAUUCAGUGGAAAAAUGCUCCCAUUUAUUUUUUUUAGUAAUGUAAAUAUCUUUUUCAAUAUCAUCAGACAGCGAUGUGCUACUUCUUAGUUUCUUGAUAUCUGAUGCCAAGUACACGUACGUGGUUUUAGGCCGAUACCUUCUGCCCACUGUGUAUCUUAUGCACCACUGGUUCUUGCCUGCUGUCCCCGGGCAUUGUCACUGUCACACUCUGCACUGGCACUCGGCAGGAGUUUGUCGCAGCCUUUGGAGGAGUUAUAGCGGCGGCUGUUUGUGAAAUUGGUUUGAUUGUAUUUGGAGCGACACAUCACUCAGCAGCUUCUCAAGCAACUACAAUACACAGAGUAGACGGAACGGAAAUUGCCUACAAAAAAAAAAAAAAAAAAUCAUUUGUUUUCCAAGGUUGCUCCAGAAAGAGGCUGCAGCCACAAGUGUUCUUGAAAUGCAGAAUAUUCUCUCCGUUUUUUUUCUCCCUGUUUUCCAUGCACACACACACACACACACACACACACUUUCACACACACAUACUUGCUUCCUUAUUUGCUGAUAAAUGGAAGGUUCCUUAGAGAAAACUGACAAAGACAGCUGGCUAUAUUUGUUCUGAUGUCUGAUAUUUAGCUGUCGGCUGUUUCAUCUUGUUUUCUGUCUUCAUUUUUUUUCUUUCCAUGUACCUGACGUUUGCCUUGUUUUUAUGCAUCCAUCCAACUGUACGCAGAGUGAAUGGAGGUGAAGAGGUUGGUUGAAAUUGCACCUGGUAGAAAUGCCUAUCCUGUGACUUGAUAGGUUGCUUUGUUCUCUGUCGUGCUGGCAGGCACAUGGCCCGCGGUUAUGAGGCUGGAGCGAGACACAAAGGCGGGAGCCUAGAUACAAGGGGGGAAUUUUUGCGUUGCCGUGGUGACCAGACUCAAGGGUCCAAAUGAGGUUUGGGAGGGUCAGAUCACUUUCAUGACUAUCAGGAGACGGCUUUACUUUUGAAGUCUGAACGCCCCCAAAAAAUCUGUUUUGUUUAUAAAUUACAAUAGAAAAAUGAUAGAUAUUUAAUUUCUGAAGUGUUGUCGUUAGUAUAUGAAUUACUUCUUGUUGUACUUCUUGUUGAACGAAAUUGAAGCUGUAAGUGACACAGCUGUGCAUCCAGGGUGACCAAACAGUCUCCGCAGUCACUUCAGACACUUUGCUGGAGUAGAAAUGUGCACGUCUGCUUUUAUUCUGCAGAACCAAACAUGCAAACUCCACCCACAUGACACUGGAGGGCAGGUUACAACACACACUCACUGGAUUAUGUCAGCGUUACCAAGUGCAGAAAGAUGGUGCCUUCCUGACUGACAUCAUUGUCUUUCGCCCACCACACGGCGCAGCACACAUCUGCCUCCUAAAACUGGUGAGAGCAAAUCAAAUUUAAAGAGAAAACAAAAGCGUUGUGGUUUCCAGGCUUUGCACUGUGGGAUAAAUAUUGAUGUUAACCAGAGAGCCGCCAUCUUCGCACACAUGGUGUAUUUCUCAGUUCCUUUUGCAACUCUUACGGACACUGACAGCUGCCCUGAUCCAUCGGGGAAUAAAGAUCCUGAUGAUUCAUUGGUCAGGUCUUUAUUCAUGAGGUUUUGACGGAGGUCCUGGUGUUUGCUUGGAUAUCUUUGCUACAUUUUGUAUCAAUGCUUACAUCUUCAAACCAUCUAUUGUGUCUAAAUCUGUUCAGGGGCUCAAUAAAGAUGCCAACCUUGUAGUUUGAUGUCUGGGUCCACCCAUCUAUCCCAUAGUGCAACAUGUGCAUGUCAUGUCUGAGGUUUCCCCAAGCGGUCACUAAAUGCUGAUGCUCAGGUGCUCUCCGCUGUGAGAUUUGGGUUAUCACCUCAAAUCAAGAGUACUCCCUUCCUAAAAGCAUCUGGCUUAUUGCUCCUGUUGAUAAGGGUGAGACACACGCCUGUUUUCCAGUGGUGUAGAGCGCCCUCUAGUGACACAUGUCCCGACAAGCAGCCGCCUGAGACACAAGUGUUUGGUGCCAGAUGCCCCGCUGGAGACUCUGUCCACUUUGUCCGUCUUUGACUUUGGUUUCUUCGGUUGUGCCGCCAACAGGAACGCUUGUACUGUCCUUCCUGCCUCGCCGCCUGUCUUCACCUUCCCUCUGUGACUUUUACUAGAAAGCUCAAAGCGAAGUGAAGGAUGGGGAGUACUCUCAGCGUUGUCCUUAGUAACCUCCACUACUGCUUGAACCAUGACUUUCUCUUGAUCAGCCUGAGUUGCAUGGCUGGGCCAAACGGGGCUUGCCAGGCCUCGUUGUUAGACUGAUUUUUACCAGCGCCCAGGGUUACUGUUGACCCUGCAGGGCAGAACAGGACAGCAAAAGGCUUGUGCUUUCUAUCCAAUAUUGCUCAUUUUUGACAAAAAAAAAAAAAAAAAAAA